AUGGAAGAGCGCAAACAGACGGUGUUCAGGGAAGUCGUUAUAAUAGGAGCCGGUUGGUCAGGCUUGUUGGCAUGUAAAAGCAUGUUAGAGGAAGGAUUGACAGCUGUGGCACUGGAAAAACGACCUGACGUGGGAGGCCUGUGGAACUAUACAGACGAUCCAAGCAUAAUAACGGUUAUGAAGAACACAAAAACCACUUCUUCAUCCACGGUGACAGAAAUGUCUGACUUCCCAAUGCCGGAGAAAAUCGGCCAGUUUCCGAAGCAGGAAGAUGUACUGAGCUAUCUCAAGUCAUACUGUGAUGCUUUCGAUCUUUGGCCGCAUAUUCGCCUCGGUCACUGCGUAAUAGAAAUUACGAAGGCCGACAAGUUGUGGCGUGUACGCUGUGAGAAUGAGCAACUUUUUGAGAGUAAGUUUUUGAUCAUUUGCACAGGAAGCGUUCAGAAGCCCAAUCGGGAACUUGAGCACACGAUCCUUCGAGAUUUUGUCGGAGAGGUUUGCCACAGUUCCGAAUUGAAAUCUUUUGUCCCUGAGCACGAAAAUAAGCGAGUGAUGCUGAUAGGUGGGGGGGAGACUGCAAGUGACAUUGUGGAAGAGUAUUAUGACCACGUGACACGCAUUGUUUGGUGCAUACCACGCGGGAUGCAUUUCUUCCGAAAGUAUGCUAAGAUCCUACCAAACAGACGACCUCAAGCUUUGGAUAAAGCCUCCUCCCGAGUUAUGAAGUCUAUUGCUCCUUUUACAAAGGGUAAACCAGGUGAGUAAAGUUUAGCGUGUAUGAUUUAAGGUACUGUGCAAUAGUUGGACAAAUCUCACCCUGGUCUACUUGCCACGACUCUAUCGAAGCUAGUGCUCUUUGGUACUUGUCCCAGUUUAUACUUGAGAUGGGAUCAAUGAGAUGAGAUGGGAUAAAAUAAUACCCUUGUAGUCAACAAAUAACGGCUUGCCGACGCUCAAAGAGGCGGAAGCCUAUAGAAAACAGCAGAAAUUCCAUACUGAUGACGCUUCACUACCCAGAUCUGGGUAGUACUUCUGAUUGGUCAUACCGCGUGGGAAAUUUGAUUCAACCAAUCACAAGCUCUACCCAGAUCUGGGUAGUGAAGCGUCAUCAGUAUCGAAUUUCUGCCCUCGUUUCAUUUGGCGGGGAAAACCAGUUGUAGUGUCGCCAAACGUCAGCUGUUUUCUCAGGCUAUUUGAAAGUCAAGUUGUUUAGAAAACUGUUGGAAGAUUAUCUAGUCUGAGGAGACAGCUGACAUCUCACGAUGCCACUGCUGGUUUCCCCGCGAAAUAACGUCUGAGAAACGAGCGCAGAAAUUCCAUACUAAUGACGCGUCACUACCCAGAUAUGAGUACUGCUUCUGAUUGGUCGUGCUGAGUGUGGAAUUUGCUUCAACCACUUAGAAGACUAUCCAGAUCUGGGUAGUGACACGUGAUAAGUAUAGAAUAUCUGCGAUCGCUUCUCAGGCGGGGAAGCCAGUGGUGGAAUUGCAAAAUGUUGGCUGUUUUCUCAAACUAAAGAUUAUUUCUUUUCAUGUUUUUUUUUCGUUGUAGGGCUCUCUUGGAUUUGCAGUUGGACAACAAAUGGCUCCUUACUCGCUUAUCAAGGUCAUGGCAUUGCAGAGUGGAAAAAUGAUGCCAAUUUUUUCCGAUUUUUCAUCAACAAAAAUGGUCAUGUGUUAGACAGAGUGGACUAUCAGCGCUGUGUACCAAAGGGUGCCAUUGAGAACAUCAAAGGCAAAAGAGUUGUAUUCUGUGAUGGCACGGAAGAAAGUGUAGAUGUAAUCAUCCAGUGUACUGGCUUCCAAACUGAAUUCCCGCUCCUUCCCUCAAAGUUUCAAGCCGUACCUUUGACGCAAAAUUACAAGUUCAUCUUUAACGUGGACGACCCAACGUUAGCAUUCGUUGGCUACGUUCGGCCAGUGGUUGGUUCGAUCUCUGGAAUUGCGGAGAUCCAAUCGCGAUUUAUCGGAAAAUUUUUUUCGGGAAAGUGCGAUCUUCCAUCGCGAGAUCAGCGUCUUCAGUCAACGUUAAAAGACAACGAUUUCUGGGACGACUACUUUAAAGAUUCUUCCCGAAGGCUAGGUACGCUGGUGGAAGCAUACACAUACAUCGAUGAUAUUGGAAGCCUUUGUGGGAUCAAGCCAGACUACUGGAAGCUGUUUUGGCGCAAUCCGCGGGCAUGGCGACUAGCUGUCUUCGCGCCAUACGACGGCUGCUCUUUUCGGCUUAAUGAGCCAGAUAUGGAAGCAUGGGCAAUAGACCACCUAAGAUUACAGAUGGAAGACACAUUUGGACCUUCGCAUCUUAUUCUGAUUAUGUUUCUGAGGCUAAUUUGGUUCGACAAUUGGCUUAACCUGCUCGGAAAGAUCAAGUACUGGAUUCAACGCUCGGUAUGGUGGAAAAAGAUGAGGGAAUGGAAGUUAGUACAGACACUAGACUGGUACUGGCAAGCCCCCAAGCGAUGGCUGUUUGACCGAAAAACCAGAGCAUGAUGACAGCAUGGUCUCCCACACAAAUUUGAAUUCAUGAGGCCAAAGAAUAGUUUCCACUCCCUUCCAAGGGUGAACAAAACCUUGCAUAGCAAUUUCUAUCCCAGCUUGUAUCACAGUUUUGUUGCGACACAAGUUUGCCCCGUCUCGGAGCAACACCCUCAGCCUAUUCAACAAAUAUAUAGCUUGAACACGAGAACUCGAACCCAGACCACACAUCGUUGGGAGAAGAAGUGUUCUCACCACUGCACCAUUCUUGCUGUACCAAUGGUUACGUGUGGCCACAAACAAAGUAGAGUAAAGUUCAAUCGUAGUUAAUAAUGUGCAAUAGCUCUAAAGCCACAAGGGUCUUAUUCUCUAAAGACCUUGUCAAGAGGGUUCUUAGACUAGCUUUUGAUAUGUAAUGUUUUUAACCUACUAUGUAAUAUAUUUAGUGUUUUUAUCUUUAUUUAAUUUUUAGCGUUGUUUACUCUUAGCGUUAAUUACUAUGCUCAUUUUAGCUUUUAUUUUCUUUUAACAUUUACGUGUUGUCACGCGCUUUUGAUCAUAUUUGCAUGGAAAAGGCGCGUUAUAAAUUUUUUUAAAAAUAAUUGAAAUUAUUAUUAUUAUUAUUUAAUUAUUAAAAGCGGACAGAAAUAUACCUUUCAAAAUCAGCAUGGCUUACAAAAUGAGGUUUUUAUUGGAGCAAUACUGAAUCGGUGAAACGUAAAGGUGGGAAUCCGAGAUUUUUAAUUUCAUCUGAGGUCUGUUUCAAACGUUUUCGUUCUGCUGUUCUAGGCUUGCUCGACUUCUACACGACCCUAGCACAACAUAGUUAAACUAAGUCAAAAAAUAAAAGCGGUUUUGUGAACUUUUAGACUGGGACCAGGCUCCUCAUUGACCCCGUUUUUUGCCUUUUCCCUACCGUGGAGCCUGGUCCCAGGCUAGUGAACUUUUAAAAUGAUUUAUGAAUUGAGUUCGGCACCGUAGCACGACGGUUUGAAACAGGC